CCCGCGAGACGUCGCCCCCCGUGUCUGCGCGCUUGGUCUCGCCCAAACCCGGCUGGGCUUUUCUCUCUCGCUCCGGAGGCUCGGGGUCCGUUUUGCUGGUAGUCAAGGUUCAGGCGCUGUCAAUGGCUCGCAGGACGUAUUCCAUUUGAAUGCCUGGGCUUCUCAUUUUAUUGCAUCAAAAACGCGCAAUUAUGGAUAUCAUAUCUUUUUUAUGGAUACUACCUACUGUAUGGGCUGUUGAAGAGACGCUAAUGGACUCCACAACAGCUACGGCGGAGCUCGGAUGGACGGUGUACCCUACAUCAGGGUGGGAGGAAGUCAGCGGCUACGAUGGCAACAUGAACACCAUCCGUACCUACCAGGUGUGCAACGUCUACGAUAGCAGCCAGAACAACUGGGUGCGCACGAAGUACAUCCGCCGGCACGGCGCGCUGCGUGUCCACGUGGAGAUGAAGUUCUCCGUGCGAGACUGCGGCAGCAUCCCUAACGUGCCGGGCUCCUGCAAGGAGACCUUCAACCUCUACUACUACGAGUCGGACGCAGACUCGGCCACCAAGACCUUCCCGGCCUGGAUGGAGAAUCCCUGGGUUAAGGUGGACACCAUCGCGGCCGACGAGAGCUUCUCGCAGGUCGAUCUGGGCGGCCGGGUGAUGAAGAUCAACACAGAAGUGCGCAGUUUCGGGCCCAUGUCCCGCCAAGGCUUCUACCUGGCCUUCCAGGACUACGGCGGCUGCAUGUCGCUCAUCGCCGUGCGCGUCUUCUACCGCAAGUGCCCCCGCGUCAUCCAGAACGGGGCGGUGUUCCAGGAGACCCUGUCCGGGGCAGAGAGUACCUCGCUGGAGGUGGCCCGCGGCGUCUGCAUAGCCAACAGCGAGGAGGUGGACGUGCCCAUCAAGCUGUACUGCAACGGCGAUGGCGAGUGGAUGGUUCCCAUUGGACGCUGCAUGUGCAGGGCCGGCCACGAGCCGAUGGAGAACGGCACGGUAUGCAGAGCAUGCCCCUUGGGUUUCUUCAAGCCCGUACAGGGUGACAGCCCGUGUCAGCUAUGCCCCAUGAACAGCCGCACCACCAGCGAGGGCGCCUCCAGCUGCGUGUGCCACAGCGGCUACUACCGCACCGACGCCGACCCCUUCCAGAUGCCCUGCACCACUGUCCCAUCCGCCCCGCGGAACGUGAUCUCCAGCGUCAACAAGACGUCACUGACGCUGGAGUGGAUGCAGCCACGUGACUUGGGGGGCCGCGAGGACCUGGUCUACAACAUCAUCUGCAAGAGCUGCAGCGCAGGCCGUGGGGGCUGCGCCCGGUGCGGUGACAACGUGCGCUUCUCCCCGCGGCAGCUGGGCCUGACGGAGCCGCGCGUGCAGGUCAGCGAGCUGCUGGCCCACACCCGCUACACCUUCGAGGUGCAGGCCGUCAACGGCGUCUCCGACCAGAGCCCCUACUCGCCGCAGUACGCCGCCGUCAACAUCACCACCAACCAGGCCGCGCCAUCUGCAGUAUCCAUCAUGCAUCAGGUCAGCCGGUCUGUGGACAGCAUCACUCUGUCCUGGUCCCAGCCAGACCAGCCAAAUGGUGUCGUCCUGGACUAUGAGCUUCAGUACUACGAGAAGGACCAGGCAGAGUACAACUCAUCCAUGGUGAAGAGCCAGACCAACACAGCGGUCAUCCAGGGUCUGAAGUCUGGCACCAUCUACGUGUUCCAGGUGCGGGCCAGAACAGUGGCCGGCUUUGGACGCUACAGCGGCAAGAUGUACUUCCAGACCAUGACAGAAGAGGAGUAUAAAACCAGCCUUCAGGAGAAAUUGCCUCUCAUCGUCGGCUCGGCCGCCGCUGGCGUCGUCUUCCUCAUCGCCGUUGUAGUCAUCAUCAUCGUUUGUAACCGGAGGCGGGGCUCUGACAGGGCGGAGUCAGAAUACACAGACAAGCUGCAGCACUACACCAGUGGGCACAUGGCACCAGGGAUGAAGAUCUACAUUGACCCGUUUACAUAUGAGGAUCCCAACGAGGCUGUCAGGGAGUUCGCCAAGGAAAUCGACAUUUCCUGCGUGAAGAUCGAGCAGGUCAUUGGCGCAGGUGAAUUCGGAGAGGUGUGCAGUGGCAGUCUGAAGCUCCCGGGCAAGCGGGAGAUGCUGGUGGCCAUCAAGACCCUGAAGUGCGGCUACACGGAGAAGCAGAGGCGUGACUUCCUGAGCGAGGCCAGCAUCAUGGGCCAGUUCGAGCAUCCCAACGUGAUCCGCCUGGAGGGCGUGGUCACCAAGACCACGCCCAUCAUGAUCGUCACCGAGUUCAUGGAGAACGGCUCGCUCGACUCCUUCCUCAGGCAAAACGACGGGCAGUUCACGGCCAUCCAGCUGGUGGGCUUGCUGCGCGGCAUCGCCGCUGGCAUGAAGUACCUCUCCGACAUGAACUACGUGCACCGCGACCUGGCCGCCCGCAACAUCCUGGUCAACAGCAACCUGGUGUGCAAGGUGUCCGACUUCGGCCUGUCCCGCUUCCUGGAGGACGACACGUCGGACCCCACCUACACGAGCGCACUGGGAGGGAAAAUUCCUAUCAGAUGGACGGCCCCCGAGGCCAUCCAGUACCGGAAGUUCACCUCGUCCAGUGACGUGUGGAGUUACGGCAUCGUCAUGUGGGAGAUCAUGUCCUAUGGGGAGCGGCCGUACUGGGACAUGUCCAAUCAAGACGUGAUCAACGCCAUCGAGCAGGACUACAGACUGCCCCCGCCCAUGGACUGCCCCGCCUCCCUGCACCAGCUCAUGCUGGACUGCUGGCAGAAGGAGCGAAACGCCCGGCCCAAGUUCAGCCAGAUCGUCAGCACCCUGGACAAGAUGAUCCGUAACCCUAACGCGCUGAAGGCCACGACCUCGCCGUCCUCCGGCCCCCACCUACCUCUGCUGGACCGCAGUGUGCCUGACUUCUCCAGCUUCAGCACGGUGGAGGAGUGGCUGGAUGCCAUCAAGAUGGGCCAGUACAAGGAGAACUUCGCCAGCUCAGAGUUCAGCAGCUUCGAGGCCGUUUCCCAGAUGACCAUGGAUGACAUCAUCAAGCUGGGAGUGACGUUAGCCGGACACCAGAAGAAGAUCCUCAACAGCAUCCAGACCAUGCGUGCCCAGAUGAACCAGAUCCAGUCUGUGGAGGUCUGACCCUCACUAGAAGCGAUUGAGGG